AUGAUAUUAGUAUUAAGUGAUGUAUUUGUAACACUAACAAAACAUUGUAGGUUCUUCAAGCAUUUGUUGGUGGUGUUUCUUAUUCAACAAAUGGCAGCUGGGUUGUUUAGGGUAAUAUCAGGAGUUUAUAGAACAAUGAUCAUAGCCAACACUGGUGGAUCUCUCAUGCUUCUUCUUGUUUUCUUACUUGGAGGUUUCAUUCUUCCUAAACGUGACAUUCCAAAUUGGUGGGUCUGGGGCUAUUGGCUUUCUCCAUUGUCAUAUGCUUUCAAUGCUUUAUCGGUUAAUGAAAUAUUCGCUCCAUGGUGGAGCAAACCGUCUUCAAAUGGAUCAACAUCAUUGGGUGUAGCCACAUUGAAUAUCUUUUAUUUUUAUAGUAAUGAAAAUUGGUACUGGAUAGGAGUUGGAGUUCUUAUUGGUUUCACUAUUUUAUAUAAUGUUCUGUUCACCCUUUCACAUAUGUACCUUAACCCUAUUGUAAAGAAACAAGAAAUUAUAUCAGAAGAAGAAGAAAGUGAAAUGGAAAUCGGAGGAGAUUUGAAGGAGGAACAGAGACUUGUAAGACAGAAGUCCAACAAAGGGAAUGACACAAGUAAACAUCUUCAACUAUAG